AUGGCACUUGGUGUGCGUAUUGGGUACUACGGCCUGUGGGGAGCUACCAGAGGUUGUGAUGAUUACCUGCCCGAGAACAUUCCUGCCGGAGCCUUGACGCAUAUCAAUCUUGCUUUUGAAUACGUUAGCGAGGAUCAUGAGAUCACAGACACCCAGGGUCAGGGUCCGAUUGUGGCUCGAGUGUCGCGGCUGAAGAAGAAAUAUCCCGGUUUGCGGGUGAAUAUUGCCCUUGGUGGUUGGGUGUUCAACGACCCCCCAACUCAGCACCGGUUCUCUGACAUGGCGUCCACCGUGCCAAAUCGAGAGAAGUUCAUUGCGUCUUUGAUCCGGUAUAUUCGGCGCUAUGGACUCAACGGUGUCGAUAUCGAUUGGGAGUACCCCGUUGCAGAUGACCGCGGUGGCUCGACGCUCGACUACGACAAUUUUGUCCUGCUUUGUGCGGAUAUCCGCGAAGCCUUCGACAGAGAGGAUCCGGGGUGGCAGCUGACCAUUACUCUUCCAGCUAGCUACUGGUACUUGAAGGGGUUCAAUUUGAACAGUCUUGAAAAAUACGUCGACUGGUUCAACAUAAUGACCUACGACAUCCAUGGGAUCUGGGACCAGAAGAAUAUCUGGACCGGCCCAUUCCUGAAGGGGCACACCAAUUUGACAGAAAUCGAGGAUGGUCUAGACCUCCUGUGGAGGAAUGGAGUAAGUCCUGACAAGGUCGUCAUGGGAUUUGGCUUCUAUGGUCGUUCCUUUACCAUUUCCGAUCUGUCGUGCACUACUCCGCCGACAUGUACUUUUGAUAGUGCUGGCUUUGCGGGGGAAUGCACCAAGGAAGCUGGCAUUCUGUCAUAUUCGGAGGUGGUGAGCAAGGAAGCCCAGCUAGGGUCAAAAACAUUCUAUGACCAGCCCUCUUCCGUGAAAUGGAUGGUGUACGGGUCCAACCAGUGGAUAUCCUUUGACGACGAGGAAAGCUUCACGGCCAAAAAGAAGUACCUCACUUCGCGCUGUCUGAAGGGUCUCAUGAUCUGGUCAAUCGAUCUAGAUACUCAAGAUCACCAAGCGAUGACCGGUCUAUUUGGGGAAAAGGCAAUGGAGGGCGCUCUCAGGGACACCGGGCUUGAUCCAGAGGAGGCCGAGCAAUUGGCCUUCGAUCUUUCAGCAUGGACCGGGGAACGCUGCUAUACCACACCUACCUGCACAGAUGGGACACGCGAUCAGCGGGGAUCAGAUCAGGUGUGCCAGAGUGGCUACACACCGGUCGACAUGGCCCAUUCCCCGAUCCAGAAGAAUAGCAACUUCUCCAUGAACGGCGAGUGCGCGGAGAAUUGGUGGCGAUACAUCUGCUGUCCGACAAAAGCCAUGCCGCAGAAUUGCGAGUGGGUGGGAGCCCCUGAGCGCUCGGCCUUUGGCUGUGAUCGCGGUUGCGGAGCAUCACAAUUUGAGCUCAACUAUGACACAUACCUUGAUGCAAAGGGCCACGGAAACUGUUACUCAGGAGCACGAAGUCUCUGCUGUGACAGCACUGAGAUCCUGAACAAGUGUCACUGGACCAGCUGCGACCUUAAUCCAGGGGGAAGCCUAUGUGGCAGCGACGAGGAUUCGAUUGGCAUCCGUUAUGAUGAUGAUAAGGGAGGGCUGUGUAGUAUUGCGCAGCUGGGCGUACACCCUGAUCGUCGGCAAUAUCGGGAGUUCUGUUGUCCAAAGAAGGAUGAGUUUGCGAAUUGUGAAUGGGCCAUAAAGGACUGCAACCCAGGGCAGUGCGCAACUAACAAGUUAGAAGUCACCACGGCACAGUCGCCGUCCUGGAUCUAUGACAAUUCAAUGUGGACAUCAAGCCAGUGCUAUGGGUUCCAAAUCCCCGACAUGAUGAGUGCGGACUUUAAGCUUUGCUGCGAUCCCCCCUCCCGCUAUAACGAAAAAUGGCCAGUUGAACCAAAAUAUCUCUGGAGUCACUAUUACGACGACGCCGGUGACGAUGUCACUUGGGAGUUCAGCGAUAACUUCGGCAACAACAAUAACGACACAACACCGGAUGAUAUGGAAGAAGAUCCGGGCACCGAUCCCUACGGUUUUGUCAUGCUGGAUGGCCCCCCUGGCUCGAUCAACAAUGCUUUUGGCACGCAGUACACUGUUGUGACCCGCGACGAACCAGUGAAUGUCAAAAAGAGGAGCAUUGUCACUACAAACCAGACGCUAAUGGACGCGGUCUUUGACCAUUCGGAAGAGACCGUUCUCGUCUACUGUAACUACCCUGCUGACUCCAAAGAGUGUUAUCAGGUCUUCUACAAAGGGGCAGAGGACACCAUUAUCAGGCUUCCCGACCACGUUGGGGAGGGUCCCUGGGCUCGAGUUGUGUCCAUGGAACCUGUCAAACGGCUGUCGAAGAGGGAUUUGCCAGAGUGGGCCAUGCAGAAAAGAGACGCCAGCGGGAACCAGAAUGGAAUCUAUUCGCUAACGUUCGACUACAACUUCCACCUGAUUAAACGAGACGAUGCACAAGUCAACAUCCGCGUGGACUACACGAACCUUCUGCCGUACUGGGAUGAAAUGACGAACUCUCCUGCGUCCAAGCGGAAGCGUUCAACAGACGAAGCUCUGACCUUCUCGGAAUGGAAGGCGCGCGUAGGUCAAGCCAAAGUGCUGGACACCAAACGCUCCUUGCAGAACCAUACGGGGAGACUGAGUGUGCGGUCCAGUGACAGCAGGGUUCAUCGUCGGUGGUGGGGCGCAUUUGUGGACUGGGUCAAGAAACUGACCACCGUCACAAAGACUGAUGGCGGCAUGCUGCCUAUGGGACUCGUGCGGUCUCUGGUCCUCUAUAGCGGACGUCUGCAGUGCUCCAACGACGCAGGCGUAACUUUCAAGUCCGGGAUGGAUAUCACUGCCGACUUCAAUAUGGAGAUGAACGCUCGAUACUCCUACUACUUUUCGGGAACUAUCGUGCCACCAGCGGUCACGGAUAUGUUUGCUUAUGUGGGAGUUCACCCGCGGGUAUACGCAGGAGUGGGGAUAUCAGGCAAUGCUGAACUUUACUACCCUAGCGAACGGAAGAAGAUCAUCGAUACUUUGACCUACCCCGGCCUGGCAAUCAAAGGAAUCGCAGCCGUGGGACCCACCAUGGAUCUUUGGGGCCAGAUCAGCGGCAGAGUAACGGUCUCUGGAGACCUGAAAGUCGGAAUGACAUACAAGUUCAAGCCUGUCGAGUUGUACUUCCCUAAUGACAACGAGGUCAGCAACAACUUGGAUGUUAAGGACUUGGAAGAAGCGCAAGUUAACAACCAAGGCCUGGAACCCUCAAUUUCUGGAAAUGUCCGCGCUGAUGUCGACAUAAAUGUUGACGUCACGCCUGAGAUCAACAUGGGCAUUAAGAUCGGCGGAGGAAUAGGGUCUCUUCAAGGCACGCUGGCCGACGCGCAUGUGUCUGCAUUUGCAAACACGACGCUCAACUUCCAUGCGGAAGCAUCGGCUGCGACCGACAAUGGCGCCAACAGUUGGUCGUACGGAUAUUCAGUGACAUUCCUCUACAGGUUUGGUUUCGGCUGCGUGGCCGAGAUCUACAAGUAUGGCAAAUGGACAAGCGGUAUCUGGUAUCCGUUCCCUCAGGGUGUGAUUCCAAUCAUUUCCAAGACGUUCUCUUCGCUACCAUCCACGAAACGAUCUCUCGAUCCUGGGACGUUGCUCUCUGCGGAGCCUCUACCUGGCGCUAUCUUCGGCGUCAGCCCAGUGAGACACUGGACCGACAGCGACGUCCUCAGCUUGCACGCCGACCCAUAUCCUAUUUACGGGAACGCAUCCCUCGAGAAGCGCCAGGACUCACCUAUUACAGAAAAAGAGCCGCAAUUCACCCUUGGAUCAUUCAAGUGCACCACUUCUACUGGAAGCGUCUGUUCGGCUUUCGUUCCGAGCGAAAGCGUGCAACGACGCGACCUCAUACCUAUGCCCGAGGACACUUAUGACCUGCAGAAAAGAGCAACGCCAACGGACUGCAAGAAUCGCCUACCCCGUCUCUACUACAAUUGCGUGACAUUCUUCUCUGACGUCGCGUUCCAGGGACCUGCGGGGACAGCGCAACUUAGCGGCAUCUGCUCCAAUGUUGAACUGUUUCUGAACAAUAACCAGCGCGGUAAUAUCGGCAUCACACUGACAUGGGAGCCUAGUAACCAAAGAAACCGAAGAAGCCGAGCUUGCCCGUCUGGCACCUGCGCGGGUGACAAUAAUAACUAUAAGCAAGCGGCCCUGGGGACCACAACAGGACCAGCAUUAACUAACUGCGAUGAGUUCCCCUUUGCCUCCUCCGAGGAGGGUGGAUCCACAUUUCUCGGCCUGUAUCCCACCGCGCAAACAGGCACUGUGAGGACCUGCGUUCCAACGUGGCAGAACGAUGUCCAGGGACGGUGCCACAAUUUAUUGAACAAUCUGGAAACCAAUGUCGAAUAUUUCAACACGUAUGGCAGCCCGACGCUGGAUAAUCCGUACUGGGCAUUCUGGGGGCCCAAUCAGCUCACCUGGGUGAGAAAAACGGGGCUCGCCGGGAGACAACGUCUGUCAUCGUAUGGACAGACGUCCGUUCCAAAAACAUUUGUCCCUGGCUACUCCCAAGCGGAUCGGGACGAUCCAGACAACCUUAGUUACUACCACAAGCGGAACUUCACCCUGUUCCUCUCCUAUCCACGCGCUGGGCAGAACCCCGAUAGCCAGUGGCCCGAUCAGGACUUCAGCAGUGGGCGGAUCACCGGGGACUCCAGCACCGGUCUUCCCGUUACAACAACCGUCGGCUCUUCCACGUGGGUGAUUUGCGCCGUCAAUACCAUGGGCCAGCAACGCUAUAGAUUUGGCAACCGACCCAACGGGCUCUGUACCGAUGGCCAAAGUACAAAGAACACAUGGUCGGGGCUCUACAGGAUUUUGGUUGUCUAUGACUGCAAGAUCAGCUUUACCGGGUCCCCUGGCCCAACGAAGAGAGAUAAUACUCCGCUUGGAUAUCUCUCUGGUGACCCAUACUAUUCCAUUGAGCGAAUCGAGGGAACGGAGCGCAAAGUCAUCCUACCCAAGGAUUGGGACGGUCAGGAACUGCGGGAGUCAUGGGUGGUCAAAGACGGAGACUUUACAGAGAAGGGAUCUAGGUAG